UUGACGACUUGCAUAAGUACCACUUUCCAUUUUCUUUUUGUUUAACUCACAAAUCAACCAGACCACAAAUAGCAAACGAUAAAAAGUUAAAAGUCUCAAAUCUAGAAAUAUGUCCUCCUUCUUCUCACAGUGGAUUGGAAUCUCGCUAUGCGUCCUAUCAGUUUUUGGUCAAUAUGAGGACGAAAAUCCGCCGGACGUGGACAUUAACGGCGUCGAGGACGGUUUCUUUCAUUUCAAUCCCACCCUCGCUCAUGACGACCCCGACGAUUUAAUUUUCAAUCCGAGGCCAGAAUUACCCUACGACGACUUUGAAGAUCGUGAUUACGAUUACUACAACCCAACAGGUCUAAGCGAAGACGUUGCCUCGGGAUCAUCCGGGACUGGCGAGAGUGAGAAACCCGUCGCGGCAGGAGGAGGGUCAGCAGCAGGAGCGUUCCUCGGAAGUUUUGGCCGUGGAGUAAGAAAAACAGUUUACAGUCGACAAAUCAAAGUAUAAAUUAAAAGACCCGAGGAGGAUGCAUCGAUCCGUGGAGCAUAGUUUUAAUUAGUCAAUUAUUAGACUCGCUAAAUAAUCUACACACUUUAUUUAAAACCAGAAUUAAAUACGUUUUUCAAGAA